AUGAUGGAGACACCACUCCCCCUCCACAAGGCACCACCGCCCCGAGCGGCGCUGGCGUCUACCGCGUGGCUCAACGGCCUGCGCGGCAUGGCCUCGGUCGUCGUCGCCCUCAACCACUAUCUCUACGGCGAGUUCGCGGCGCCGUGGCUGGGCUUCGGCAGCAGCCCCGAGAACCGCUACAUCCACCAGCUCCCCUUCCUCCGCAUCGUGUGGUGCGGCCACGCCAUGCCGCCCAUCUUCUUCGUCGUGUCGGGCUACUGCGCCUGCUAUUCCGCGCUGCGGCUGCGCGACUCCCAAGGCCCCGCCGCCAUGGCCGUGAGCCUGUCCCGGUCCGGGUUCCGCCGCGGCCUGCGCCUGUACGUGCCCGUCUUCGUCAUGAGCGCCCUGGCCCAGCUGCUGCUCUUCUGCGGCCUGUACAACUGGCGCCCGGCCGAGACGACGCUGCAGCCGUGGCGCGCCCCGGUCGACCAUCUCAAGUACCUCGCCGCCUACCUGCUCGACAUCACCAACCCCAUCUUCGUCACCGACAACCCCGGCCUGAACGAGCAGUACUGGGUCAUUCCCGUCGAGUACGCCGGCUCGCUGACCAUCUACCUCACCGCCCUGGCCCUGGCCGGCGUGCGAGCCCGCGCCCGCCCCGCCGUCCUGGCCGCCCUCAUCGCGCCGUUUGUGUACCGUGGCAACUGCAACACCUACACCUUCCUCGCCGGCUACCUGAUUGCCGAGCUGAGCCUGCUGCGCCGCCGCUCCGAGCAGAGCAGCAGCACGUGGCGCCGCCCCGCCAAAGCCGCCCUCUUCAUCGUCGCCUGGUACUUUCUCUGCCUCCCAAACAACUACGCCGCCACCCCGGGCUACUCGUUCCUCACCGCGCUGCAGCCGGCCACGUGGGGCGAGUGGUCCGAGCAAAACUGGCGCGCCCUGGCCGCCGUGCUGCUGGUCUUCAGCAUGAGCCUCGACGACGACGGCAACGACGAAAACGAGAACGGCCGGUGGCUGCAGUGGCUGCCCCGCUGCCGCGUGCCGCAGUACAUCAGCACCAUCUCGUGGGAGAUCUACCUCUGCCACCUGAUGGUGUAUCGCUUGUGGCGGAAUCCGCUCAUCGACUUUUUCAUGCGCUUCGCCGGCUUCGAGUGGAGCUUCGUGGCGAGCGUCGUCGUCAUGGCGACGACGGUGCACUGGUGUGCCGAACGGCUGAAGUCGUUGAAUAAGAGAUUGGUAAUGCUGCAGGUUGAGUAUACUAAUUAUCUUCAGGACCAAGGAUGGGGUCAUACGCCGACCACGAGUAGAUAG